UAAAUACUCGGCCAACGAAGUGACAGAUUGUUUUGCUUGAACUGCGGACGAUAUUGCUACAAAUCAAACAAAGCCAAGUUUAAAGAGUGAAGAAACAAAGACAUCUCUUUUCGGAUAAGAUUCCUGUCACAAAAGACCGGUCAAGCAAAACGAUCGUGAUACACGCAUACCGUGACAAACUCAAUCGAAACACAUGGCGCAAUUUUAUCUUUGUUUCCGGGUAGCUUUUCUCGCUGUAUUUCUUCCUUUGACCUCAGGGGCCUGUGUUGAUUUAGAUCUUGGAAUGGGAAGUGGAGCAAUCUCAGACAGUGAGAUAGCUGCCUCCUCUGAACAGAGUGCCAACACACCAGCCAGGAAUGGUCGAUUGAACUUUACAUCAGGGUCAUCAUGGUGCGCAGGAACAAAUGACACUAACCCAUACCUACAGAUUGAUCUAAGGACACUUCAUAUCAUCUGUGCUGUGUCCACCCAAGGGAAUUCUCAAGCAGAUCAGUGGGUGAAGACCUACACCCUACAAUUAUCCACAGAUGGGAUAACUUGGACAGACUAUAAAGAAUUAGGUGGACAGGCUAAGGUAUGCCACAUGGGCUGGUUGAGAAUUAUAUUAUAUCUUUUCUCAAUCAGUGUCCCUGAGUUUUGAUGAUAUGGACAAAUUUAUAACAAAUUGGCCACUAAAGGAGUUAUAGGUAUGCAGACAAUUAUUUGUUUGUUGAUUAUUGUUUUUUGAUUAUUGAUUCAUUUAUUUGAUUAUUUGUUCAAAAAGUAUUCUCCUCAUGCUCAGCAAAUAUCAUAAAUUUUGAGUAAAUAUUUUUCAUUCAUCAAAUGAUAUUUUGCAUGCCCAAAUUGGUGGUCAAAGCUGCAGAAAGAGUACCAUGUAGAAUUAGACUGGGAAUCUAACAAAUUGUUUUGAACUACGUCAUUCAAACAAAUAUUUAUGGUGUGAAAUAGCUUGUCAAAGGAGUGCUGAACAAAUGAUGUAGAAAUUAGAUAGAGUUCACCUUUGAGGGUCAGUGUGCUAUUUUUUAUAAUCCAUUGGUCAAAUUAUGAUUUAUUCGUGUAUACUUAGUUACUCUGUCCAUAUGGACCUCUUCCAUAAAUGUUAGGCCUUAUUCCUACACCUAUAUUUAUAUUUUUCUGUUUGUAUGAAGAUUAAUUUAACCACCUAGCCUGACCAUUGUGACAACAG